UUUAAUAAUAAAUUAAAGAUAUUUAUGAAAAUGAUAAUAAUUUAAAGGUAAAUUUGAAAAAUAGUAUCAAAUAUAAAGUAAAACUAAAAUUUAUUGGAAUUAUGUUAUAUACGGUAACAUUAAACCAGUUUGAUAAUUGUGUAUUCUCUUCGUAUAGAAUAUUGUUUGAAUAUUUAUAUUGUUGACAUAUAUAAGUCAUUUAUGCAAUGACACAUUAGUAUGUAUAUAGAUGAUAAAAGAAGCAUGUUUACAUAAUUAUUAAAAAAAAAAUUGCCGACUCAAAAGCAAAUCAAUGGUAAACUAAAUUUACAAAAUUAUUUAAGUUAAUAUUGCAAGGAAAGAUAAAAGAUAAGUUCAAUCCACGGCAAGAGAGGACUUAUCAAGCGAAAGCUUACAUUCUUAUCAAAAUUCGUAUACAAACUCUGGGAGGACAACAUCUUUUGACCUAGCCAUCAUGUUCUUACGGGAGAGAAGAAAAGAAAGAGACAUAUGCAAGAGCCAUGAACUUCCCUUUGAACUCGUGAUCGAGAUUCUCACUAGACUUCCUGCUAAAUCCCUUAUGAGGUUCAAAUCCGUAUCAAAGCUCUGGUUAUCUUUAAUUUGUUCCCAAUACUUCACCGACCGUUGCCUAAAGGUUUCAUCAUCCUCGCUGCGUAUAUACAUGUGGUUGAGCUUCGGCAAGCGCCCUUUCAAAAAUGUAUUACUAUCAUCAUCGUCACCUUCGGACCAUACUACUAUGUCGUCCUUUGUCGUUGACCAAGAUUUGACUAUCGCAGCGAUGGAAGGCUACUCUGUCUCUCAAGUUUUUCGAAGUUUGAUGUGCUUUAUAAAUGGUCCAAGUGCUAAAAUAUAUAACACUGCCACUAGGCAACUUGUCCUGUUACCCCACAUAGAAGGAUCCAACAUCAUAGCUGAAGAUCACAAGGAUAAGAACUUCAUGUACCAUAUCGGACAUGAUCCUGUUCAUGAUCAAUAUAAAGUGCUUUGCACAGUUUCAACACAUGGAGAAGGCCGUUGGACGUACCUGUCAGAGCAUUGGGUCUUACUACUAGGAGGAGAUGGAUCAAGUAGGUGGAGACAGAUUUCAAGCCCGUGUCAACCACAUCAUCCUUUAUCACAGAGAUUGAGUAUCAAUGGGCGUAUCUAUUACCUAGCUUGGGAUCGUUUUCUUCAUCCUGUGCUCGUCAGUUUUGAUAUUCAUUCUGAAGAAAUCAGUAUCUUCCAAACACCUGAAGAUAUCUCCUUUUACCAUCUUACUACUGCUCUUAUAGAAUAUGGUGGAAGAGUAGCUCUUUUAAACCAUAUCGUUUUUGGAGAAAGAGGUGAGAUGGAACUAUGGGUUAUGGAUGAUCCGGAGAAGAUUAUGUGGUCGAGGAAGAGUUUUGUGUUGCAUCCUUCUCAGAUGCAUUUACUCAAUGGCAUCCGUUUGAGGGUACAAGGUACAACUAGAAACGGUGAGGUUAUUUUGGUACCUCAAAAUACAUGUCAUGAUCCCACCACUUGCCAGACGAUCGUUCAACCUCAAAGUAGCACUCUUUUCCACAUUUUUCUUUACAAUCUACAAAACAACCAUUUGAGAAAAGUUGAAAUAAAAAAAAACAUUCAACCGCUAUCUUACUAAAAUUUGGGACGUUAUUGGAUUAGAUGAUGUUGAGAACUUGAUGUAUCUUUAAGCGCUUAUGCUUGUUUGUGUUUUCUUCUCCACUUCUAGGCUUCUAGCUAGGUUUUAUUUGGUUAAGACAUUUUAUUUUAUUUUGUUUGGACGUUUUUGCUGUUCUUUACGAUACCUGGCUUAUUUGAGAAGGAGUAUCAAAGAAGGUCACAAAUCGGAUCAUUUCUCUUUAGCCAUCCUCGAAUUCUAUUUACUUGACUAGUCUUUCACAUGUACUCUGAAAUAUUUGUAUUGCAUACAUAUGGGAGAAUUUUGACACAAAAAGGACUUGUAUGUUAUGAGAUUCAAAACGAGCUUGGCUAGACGGAUUACAAGAGAAGCGUCCUCAUGUCUUUGACUA